UCGACGGGGCCCAUCGAGGCCGGGGCCGGGGAGGCCGGAGGGGAACGGACGCCCCCGGUUGCCUCCCCGGGGAUGCUGGGGGGCCCCGGGAGAGCCCGGGCUGGGCAGAUUUCCUUAUCCGGGGAUCGCAGGGCACCUCGCCAUUGGCCCGCGUUGUCACAUGGACUCCAACUUUGUUCACUUGACAAAAUUAAUGACCAUGAGCUCGUUUUUGAUCAACUCCAACUAUGUGGACCCCAAGUUCCCACCCUGUGAAGAGUAUUCCCACAGCGAUUACCUUCCCAAUCACUCGCCGGAAUAUUACAGCAGCCAGAGGCGAGAGAACACUUUCCAACAUGAAGCGAUGUACCAGCCACGAUCAGCCUGCAAGGAGCAGCUCUACUCGUCCUGUCAGAGCUCCGGCCACCAAGCAGCGGUGUUAUCCCCCCGGGGUCAUGUCCAUCCUCCGGCCGGACUGCAGAACCACAUCUCUGAACCAAAUCAGCCCUGCGAGCCGGUUACCCCCAGCCCACCACCACCCUCCUGCAGCCAAAACUCUCUGAACCAAAGCCCUUCCAAUUCCUCUUGCAAAGAGCCGGUAGUUUACCCCUGGAUGAAAAAAGUCCAUGUAAGCACGGUAAACCCCAAUUACUCAGGAGGGGAACCGAAACGCUCCCGCACAGCCUACACCAGGCAGCAAGUCCUGGAGCUGGAGAAGGAAUUUCACUAUAACCGUUAUCUCACCCGGAGACGCAGGGUCGAGAUCGCCCAUUCCCUCUGCCUCUCCGAACGCCAGAUCAAAAUCUGGUUCCAGAACCGGAGGAUGAAAUGGAAAAAAGACCACAAGUUACCAAAUACCAAGAUCAGGUCUAAUUCUUCCAGCUCCUCUGCCAGCCUGCAGAUCCCACAAGGAGGAUCUCAAACCCGAUCCCACGGACCAGCCACCAGCCUAUAACUGUUCCUGGGAUGGAUGAAGGGAUAGGAUGGAUGGAUGGAUGGAUGGAUGGAUGGAUGGAUGGAUGGAUGAAUGGAUGGAGCGUUGUAGCAUGAGGUUGUGUGUGUGUGUGUGUGUGUGUAGGGAACACAUGAGGAUAUUUUUUGUGUUAAAUGCUCCGAGAAGCGAAGGGGAAGGAGGGCUGCUCUUUAUUUAUAGGGGGAACAGAGGGAGGCUCAGCUGCAACAAAGCAGAGCGCUGCUGUUGUGCCUCUCUUCCAUUAAAAGGAGGCUGUAGAUAGUAGUUUUCAGAUUUGGCUAAGAUGGAUCCUUGUUUCAUCUUUAAUCACGCCAAGCUCUGCCCCAUUUGUCAUGUUUACUCUCCCGUACAAAGGAUGGACCUUAUGUCUGCUAUUACCUCGACAACCAGCGCUCACUUUAAUAAAUGAGGCUCAGUUUCUUCAAGACGAACUGGAUUUUCUCCCCUCCCAUCCCGCCCCCCCUUUUUCCUUUUAUUUCUCCCCCCCCCCUUUUUUAUUUUCUUGCCAACCAUCUAAACCCACAAAGUUUCUGCUCCACCAUCCCCAAACCACCACAGUUCUACCACUGCCUUGAGAUGGAGGGUUAAAAAAAAUAACCCAAACCAAAACCAGAUCUAAGAUCAGAUCCAAAAUCCCCGCAGGGAAUGGACUAGGGGGAGCGGGGUGUGUGUGUGGGGGUGGCCUCUCGGACACUGGUCGUGCAUGGGAGUGAGGAGUGGGGGACACUCUGGAAAACAGAUAAAAGAAGGAAAAUUAGGUCAAGUGGGUGGUGGACAAAGGAAGAGAGAGAAUGGAGAGUGAUGUAGGACACCCCCCCCACCCCCCCGACAUUUUAUUUUUGAGUCCAGCAGGUUAAUUGUGAGUCUGGGGAAGGGGGUGGGGGGGGGGAGAGGGGGGAGCAAGGGGUUUUAGGUUAGAAACUGGGUGAUAACAGUGGCACCUGGACUCACCCCCCCAGCCCAGGGUAAGGGGUGGCGGUGGGGAGCUCCUCUCCCACUGUCUCGCCCAGUUUUGUACUGAAAAUGUGAAUUAUGGACGGAGAGAUGAGGGUUCGCCCCUCUCGGGGUGGGGAUGGGGGGGAGAACGGGGUAAAAUUGGGGUCUGAGGAGGCUCCCCCCGGCUCCCUAACCGGCUUGGCUGCUGCGUCCUCUCCUUCCGUCCUUCGGGAUGUGCAGAUUUUACCUGUAAAUAGCAGAGAAAAGGAACAACAACAACAAGUCUA